AUCCAAUGCCAAAGUCAACUGGCAGAUUUCGGAAUUUUUGGCAGCUGGUAAAUGGCGGGUAAUUGACAGCCAACGGGUGCCUCCGGGUAUAAAAUACGGGAUGCAACAGAUCGGCAAGUGAACAUUUGUUCUGCUACGACAAAAAAGUGCACUGCUGACCGCACAGACUUCGAUCCUCGUAUGUGUUGAUCACACACAUAUCCGCUUUGCUCGUGCUUGACGCGGUUAGGAAAGCUCCGGCAGAUCUGGGCGUGCCAAGCUUGCUUGGGUAAAACCGCUCUGCACGCAACGUGCUGCUAAAUUUAUUACAAGUCGUUUUAGGCAGUGUUACGUUGGUAGAUUGCCUGUCUGCUGAGUGGGAUGCUUACGAUGGACAGUGUUGUAAGUGUCAUUUUGCCAGCAGCCGGAACAGGCGGAAGGAUGAAGAUGAAAGUGGCCAAACAGUUCUACGAGAUCCAAGGAAAACCAGUUAUGUGCCACACAAUAAGUGCAUUUCUACAAUACAGCUGGAUAUCGAAUAUCGUGGUCGUCUAUCCCCCUGACAAGCAUUCUCUAGUGGUCAGCGCCUUGAAGAGCGUCGAUUUGCUGGAAAAGGUUUCACUUGUACCUGGUGGAACGACAAGACAUAGGUCAAUAAUGAACGGCAUGAAGCACCUUGAGCAAGAUCCACCAGAUAUCGUGAUCAUCCACGAUGCCGUUCGACCCGUUGUACCGAGACAUGUAUUAGAGGAGGUUGUGCGGGAAGCAAAGCUGCAUGGCGGAGCAGGACCUGUCGUGCCUCUUGUAUCAACAGUAUUGAAGAUUGACGGCAAAGGAUUCCUCGAGGAGUCGCUAGAUCGGUCCAAAUAUGUCGCGAGUGAGAUGCCACAAGCAUUUCACUACCAGUUAUUGCUAAAAGCGUAUGAAAUGUGCACAGAAGAGGAUUACACUAAUGGCACAGAGUGUCUUGCACUUUUACAUAAGCACUGUGGAGUAGCACCAAAGUUAGUUCCAGGAGAUGAUGAACUAUUUAAAGUUACAUACCGAAAAGAUUUGUAUGCUGCUGCUGGAAUGCUCCAGGGUGCACAUAAUACUCUACCUUGAAUACCAAACUGUAUUAGUGAUUUUAAUUUUUGCCCUAACAGCUGCAUGCGAUUUCUUACGAGGUAAUUAAUGUCCAUGCAUGCUAAAUUGCUGUUGAAGUUUUGCAAAGCACAUCUUGUGGCAGUAGUAUGUUGGAAAUUAACAUGGCUAUUGUGGACAUGUUAAAUAAUGUCAUAGGAUCUUAUUAAGGUGAUAGUGUCAAAAAGCUUUUUUUGUAAAAAUUGUGGGGUGGGUGUCGUUGGUUGUGAACUAAAAAUCAUCUUGUCUGUGAACGAAAAAUCAAGAUGCAAAUAAAAUAAAAAUUUCCAGGGUCCGAGUGAGCAUGAAA